CGAAUUUAAACGCUAGGGAGUGAAAGCAUACAUUCUCUUUGGCUUGGAAUAAAUUUAGUCCUGUGCUUGAUGAUUCUUACAUUGUACGGCAUAUCUCCAGCAGUAGCCCUCUAAACCCUCCACGCCCCAGGCCUCCUGGCCUAUACAAUUUCCGCCAGGGCGUGGCUAGAUAGGUACACGUUCCGGUAGAGGAGUCGAACAGAGGCCAUGAACUGUUACCAACUUCAACUCGGCUCCGUGCCGGGGUCGGAGGAGAGACUAUCAGAGGUCAAACAACUGGAAGUCCAUGAGUUGCUGGAUCCAAAUUUUUACAAACAGCCUGGGGCUCAUGUGAUUCUUAUGCCACCCACGCAAGAAGAUCCCGACUACUACACUGCGGAUUUACGCCGAAAAUUAACCCAGAGGUUCCGUCUUCCCGGUUUUUUCUUUGACCAUAUGGGCUGGGAUUCCAAUGGCUUCUUUGGCAGUGUUGGGAUCUCCUCCUCAUCCAGUGCUGGGCGCAGCGACAGGGACUUUGGAGGGUGCGGAACCUUUUCCCGCUUUCUAUCCAAAAAGGUAGAUGAUCGUAACGCCAGUCCGGAGAGCUCCGAAUAUAUUUGGCACUACAUGGGAUUCAGCACGUUGUGGCUGAAGCACAUGGAAGGUCAACAGAAGAGCGAGGCUGAAUGUGACAUGCCACUCCCCUCCGGCGAAACGCACAUAAUGCUAUGUUUUGACCUAGACAAACAUAUGUCUUCAAAGCUUGUUCGCCUUUUGCGAGACACAGACCUUUUAGAGUCCCAGAAUGAGCCAUUCUUCCUGCUCAAGGUUGCGCUCGAGACUGUGGUGGCACAGUUCGAAGAAGACCUGGGGAGUUUUCGCCGUCCUAUACGCAAAAUAGAAAAGGAGCGGUACAGUUCCUUCAAAGACAACCACGCCUAUAGCCGAGCAGACAUCGAUGAUACAAAACUCGAACAGCUCAGCGAGCGCUAUGCAACUCUACACGAGGUCUCGCGGCAUGUGAUUCACAUUUCGGAAACCCUCAAUGCUGCCGUUACCAACGCAGCGGCAAUUUUGCAAGAUCACAAGCUUUGGAGGCGGUCCCUCGAAGCAAGUUCGGCAUAUCCUAAUAAUACAGCCAGAACGUUGGGUCUCUACUCAAACCUUCUGUCCAACUUGAAAUUACGGGCCGAUGCAUUUGUGAGUCGGAUGGAAAAUGAAAUCAAAUGUGCAUCUAACCUUCUGGGGGUCUUCAACAAUAACAUCUCCUUACAGACUCUCAACACGACCCGUGACGAGCUUCGAGUACUCCAAUAUCAACUUUUCAAUGCUCGAGGCUAAUGGCUAUGGCGACUAUCGGUAUAGACAACAACCAGGCUUCCCGAUAGAUGCAGUUCAAGACCAGGGUUGCAUAGUACCUUCGCUUUGCUUUGUCCGAUACGGACCAAAGUCAUGACAGAGCGCAUUUAGGAUAAGUGCUCAGGGCUAGGACCAGUACGGGAUGCAUUCAUUGAAAGAAGGCAUGGAAUGAGGGAAGAGGUAUUCUCACUUGAAGAUUUUUGGCAUAUAGACCAGACGAUGCCCUGGUUAGUCUUUCACCGAAGUAUCCAAUAACAACCUGGAACGCUCAUUAAUAAAAUCAUAUCGUCAUUUCUACUCCACUCUAUUCUUUGCUCUCGUCCCCUUCUUC